AUGGCGUCGACUUGCCCAACAGAGUUUCCAGAGCGCAGGACUAGGCGGAGGUCGCGAUUUGGGUGCCGAAAUUGCAAGCUCAGAAAACUCAAGUGCGACGAAGGCAAACCACAGUGCAAGAGAUGUGGUUCAUUCGGGGUAUUAUGCAAUUUCAAGCCUAAUACUCCUGAUCUGCAGCCCGUCGCCGAUGACUCAGUACGGUCAUUGGUCGUUCGGGAAAGAGCAGAACUUCGACCUCCUCUCACCAGUGGUGUUUGGACAUCCGACGCGUCAACAUUCUAUCAGUUGAACGCAAAGUGUCAAGACUUAGCAAACCGGUACCUAGGACGAGGUCUUAUUACUCCAGAUGACCCCAACAUGAUAGAAGUUAACCGCAAGCUCUUGAUACUGGCCUUCACCCACCCUUUCUUGAUGCACGCCUCUCUAGCGGUGGCGCUUGCGUAUGACCGCUAUCUGAACAGCCCGUUAAGCAGUCGUCGCACUCCAGAAGAGUGCUAUCACUGGUAUCAAACCACAGCUCUCUUUAACAGACGGUUAAGGGAGCCGAUUGAAACGAAAGAUAAGGAUCCAAUCUGGGGCACUGCCGCUGCUCUGGUUAUGUUAACCUUCUCGACCCCUGAUUCCUAUACACCAGAAGAAUCGUGGCCUCUAAAGCCCUCUGGUCCCUCAGAUUUGGAAUGGUUGCGUAUGAGCAAGGGUAAAAUGUCAUUGUGGCGCAUAACUGACCCGCUACGACCGGACAGUCUUUUUCGCGUCAUGGCGCCGACGUAUGCUCAAAUGAACUCACCCCUGCCAGAGAAAGGCAUAGAUGGUAUAACAAGGGGCUUAGCUAUCGCGUGCCAUCUUGAAGACUCAUCUACGGCAGAAAACAAUCCGUAUUUCAAUGCUGCCCAUGCGGUAUCCCAGCUCCAGGGUCUCCCGGAUAGCCAGGUCAUAACAGGUCAAACUGAGCUCUUCACGCGUAGCAUCCGUGGCGCGUUCAAAUCCUUGCUGCAGGAAAAAGACCCAGUUGCACUUUUAUUGCUAUAUCUAUGGUAUCGCAAAGCAGGUCGCGAGCUAGAUAUUCCUCGAGUCGGCCCAAGGCCAGGAUUGCUUGGCAACACCACGAAAAGCUACUUCCACAGUCAUAGUCUUCAGCUGAUUCAAGAAGGCUAUGCACGAUACAAGGACGGCAUGUAUUUGCUUUGGACGACAGAUAUGGAUCGAGUAAUUGUCUCUAGGAAGUUCAUGAAGGAUUUUAGUUCUUUAUCUCGCUCGGAGCUUCAGGUGACUGCCACGAUGCGACAUGCUGGCGAGUAUACUAGAAUGGACGUUGUUGAGAAAGGCCUACUCGGUCUGCCUGUUUACGACGAAACGCUAUUUGCUUUGAACAAAAUUCUCGAAAGACCUGAGAGCAAAAAUGGAAUCUACACAUUGCCACUCAUCUCUUCGAUGAUCCAGCUGGUCACGAGUGUUACAGCCCGUGUGUUUGUUGGACCAGAUCUAUGUCGAGAUCCAGACUGGCUAUCUACCGCAACUGGUUAUACCAUGGACGUGUUUAAAGUCAUGAAGGAUUUGAAAGCACAUUACCGAGUCUUUCAUCCAUUUGUCGCUCCUUUCCUGGCCUCAUGUCGCCAAAUUCGUAAUCGGUUUGCAGUAGCUCGCAAGCUUCUACUCCCUCGGCUCGAAAAUCGAACAUCAGAAUCAGCCUACAACCACAACGACAUGCUUCAAUGGCUCAUCGAUACCGCACGAGGACACGACGCAGAGACCGACCAAAUAGUAAAGCGAAUGCUGUUUCUCAACAUGGCAGCAAUCCACACAAGUGCUGAAACAGCUGCCAAUACCAUAUUGGAUCUGUGUGCUCGACCUGAAGAUAUGGCAGUGUUAAGAGAAGAGAUGCUCCAAGCUCUGAAAACACAUGAUGGUCUUAAACUUGCAACACUUUCGAGUCUCAAGAAGACUGGCAGUUUUAUUAAAGGAUCUAGUGGGCUCAACACUCUUGGAUUGAUGACAUUCAACCGACGACUUACUACCCCUCUCACUCUCUCCAAUGGCGUCACACUCCCGGCGUCGACGUAUAUUUCCAUGCCGCACUAUCCCAUGAUGCACGACGCGGACCUAUUUCCUCCACCUAAAACCUUCGACGGCUUGCGUUUCUUCAACUUACGACAGGAGAAAGGGCAGGAAGAACGACAUCAGUUUGCGUCAUUAAGUUCCGAGAUACCUUCAUGGGGUGUUGGGAAAUUUGCUUGCCCUGGUCGCUUCCGGGCUAGCGCCCAGAUUAAACUGAUACAGAUGAUACUAUUACUCGAAUUCGAAAUUGCGUACCCAGACGGGCAAACCGAGAGGCCAAAGAAUGUGAUAGUGGGAGAGAAGAACCAAGUGAGCAUGUCGCAGAAAAUCACUUUGAAACGACGUAGUUUUUAG